AUGUCCACACCCUCAUUUUCGUCAUUUCCACCCUCAUUCGCCUCGUUCCCAGACCUUGACCCUGGUCCGAGUAGGAAUACCCUGGACCGGACGCGAAAUGAAAACUCCACAGACGCUCGGGAGAAAGAUAGUAUGGUUAAAAAGGACAACAGCCGACGUGGCAGCAAGAAGUUGGCAGACAAGUCUCGAAAGGACAAAAAGCAUAAGACGGCGAAGCACGACCUCGAGCCGGUGCUUCCCAGGCAACACGGACAUACAUGGAAGGGAGUAAAUAUACCGGAUGAUGGAAAAAUCAAGGCCGAGGAGGAUAGACGUCUUGCUGAGAGUGAUACUCAAGAAAGUCAAUGGGAUUCUCGCCCAGUAUUUUUCUCUGAUCGGAAAGGUGACCAACUAAAUGUUACCUACGGCGGUAUUCACGCUGGGAAUAUUCCCAAGUACCAUAUUGUAAACCGUGGUAGAAGUAUUCUUGGUCUUGAUGGGGACUGGACUAUCUAUCGCGGAAGCAAGGGUAUAGAGAUAAACAUAGGAAGGAGGCAUAAGCAACCCGCCCUGACCGACUUGAGCGUGACAACAUUGUUGGCAGCACCCCCGUCUCGACGCAUUAUUGGAUCCGGGGAUAGUUACAAAUAUGAAGAAGUGGACGGUUUCUUGCGACUGCCCUCCGACCAUGGUUACAAAGCUGCCGAAAACUAUCGUUCUGUAACCAGGCAGCAAGAACACCUUGAUUCAGACUCUCAGUCGUCUACUCCAGAUGACAGCUCAGGUGAUGAGUCAGGACCCAUUCUCACAUCACAUCAGUUAUCUUUGAAGACACUCGAGCAGCAGUUAGCUGCCGAUCCAUCUUCAGUCGAAACAUGGUUGUCACUCGUGAGACACUCGUUGUCCAACAUUCCCGUCACCUCGAAAAACGCGACCAAGGCUCGGGCAGAGAUAACGCUUGCUAUUCUUACCCGUGCUCGUGCUUCCCAUCCACACAACCGGUCAUCUCGCAUUCUAUUCUUGAAUUACUUAAGGGCAGGAGAGGAAGUUUGGCACGAAAGUAAAACCAAGGCCGAGUGGGAGGAAGCCCUCAAACUUGGCGGAAUUGAAAUUUGGAUGGAAUGGCUUGAAUGGCGCAUUCGUACCGCUGCCGGUGGAGCUGACACGUCAGUCAUGGAUGCGACGCGCAUCUUAAGCGCUCUCGGUAGCUCUGAAAGCUGUGAAAUUGAUAAACUACGAGUCGUAUGGCGAGUUGCAGUCGCAUUCCAACAAGCAGGCUACUAUGAACGUACUACAGCCUUAUUCCAGGCACAAGCGGAACUAACAUUCGAGGUGCCCCAACCAUUGUACGGACUUCCCCUUGAAUCGCAACUGGAAUCCCUCGAAGAAUUUUGGGAGUCCGAAGCACCGCGCAUCGGGGAGCCUGGAGCGAAAGGUUGGGGUCAUUGGAUCUCAUGCGGUAGACCUGAGAAUUCUAGUUCCCCGUUGGAGGCGAUUCCCCAGAUGGACGGUGAUAUCCAAUCGAAAGAUCCGUAUGUCCAAUGGCAUUACGAUGAGUCGCGCGCCGAUUGCACGUCGCGUGUGCCCGCCCGCUCCGUUGACACAAGGAGCCAUUCUGACCCAUACGCGACAGUUCUGCUUUCGGAUAUCAAGGCACUGUUAUUGCCCCUCCGCACGAAAGGUGCCAAGAAUGCGUUCCGCCUAAUCUGGUUAUCCGUUCUGGGCUUGCAUAUUCCUAGCCUCGCAGAAACGCUAUCGCAGGGAUCUUGGGAUGAUCGAUGGUCACUCACUUACCUCUAUUCUUUCUCGCGGUUGGACUCAAUUUUUCCUGCUACUGCAGGACAGCGGCAGCUGAUCGCUGACUCUCAUGCUGGCACGCUCAUAGGCAGAGAACGAGAAUUUUCUAGUUCAUUCGGUCCGAUCAAAGAGUGGAGUCGCGAUACCCUCGGACCGUUGGAGUGGGUAGGCCAAGAGAAGUGGCGCAUGUGGACUGCCGUAGAUCUGCAAGGGAUCGACCAGGAUUUCGUACGAGCUGUAUUCAAGCAGCUCAGAUGCGGUAGUGAGGACCAUGAGUGGGGCAUUUAUGCAUUAGCAUUUGAGGCAGCUCUUGAUAUCAAAAGUGCUCUGAAGCUCUCGCGGUCGUUUUUAUCGACAGCACGAGAUUCUCUACCGCACUGGGCAAGCCACGCACGUCUUGAGCGCUUGCGCGAGCGGGUGGGUGAUGCCCGCAAGGUCUAUCAAACGGUACUUGUAGCCUCUCAGCACCCACCCACCCAGCCUUUCGUUGGUCGGUUAUGGUGGGAUUGGGCUGAAAUGGAAUGGCUCAAUGGUGACCGGAAUGCGGUACUACGUGUUAUCCAGCGCUCAGUCAACAUCGAGGGUGCAGGUGGUAUGAUGAUUCUUCGUGUAAAACGCACUCUCGAUGAUAUGAUUAGCUGCGCUCACGAGCAGUGGAAGGACCGGGAGGGUUGGAUCAAACUGCGAGCCUUAAUCGAGCUGCUUACCUCCUCAUCUCAAGACGGAGCACUCACGAUAUUUGACUCUCACACGAGCGUUAAUGAGAGCUCUGAUUCAAGAGAGAGCAUGAUGGUAGCAUCUCUUAUACUAUUGUACAAUCAUUCGGUCAUGCUACGAAGUCCUACUCCGCCAGCUGUCCUGAGGGAUCGAUUACAGAUUGCUGUCAACACUUACCCGAACAAUAGCCUGGUGUUGGGAAUGUUUCUAGAGGCUGAGAAGGGGUAUGGUAUCUGGGGUCGUGUACGGGCACAACUUGGACAAAGCACGGCUGAUGGAGGCCCAAGGGAAAAGAACAUUUCACGGCGCAUCGCAGAAGUGUGGGUUGCUGGGUGGGAGAAAGGGCGAUGGCAGAGUGAGAUCGAACGGACGAGGAGCGGACUUACUGCGGCGGUGGAGAGUGAGAGGACGACGGGAAGCGCUAUUUUAUGGCGCGUCAUUUUGGAAUUUGAGAUUCGGGUUGAGGAAUUGCAAAGGGCGAAGAAACUGCUUUACAGAGCAGUGAAUGAAUGUCCGCUUGCCAAAGAUUUAUACAUGGUGGCUUUUGGGCCACUGCGUUCUAUGUUUAGUGCUCGCGAGCUUGAUGGGUUCGUGGACAUUAUGGCGGAAAGGGGUAUUCGGAUGAGGAAAGGUGUUGAUGAAUACGUUGAAAGGAUGACUAGCGGAGAUGAACGCGGUUCUGAUAACGAAGAUCUGGAUGGUUCCGAGGAUGAGAUCGAACACGAGGCGAGGCAGAGGCGGCUACUAAUGCCUUACUAGCUAAUUCUAGUGUACUAUUCCCGGUGUGCAAAUAAACCAAGACCUUGAUAUUGUUUUGGUUUAUUUGUGACGAGGACACCACAUUGCAUGACAAAUAGUUACAAACAUUCU